UUGCGACAAAAUGAGUCGGGAUCGGCACCGUGGAGUUUUACCAGCAACAUUUUGCUUUGCUGUGUACAUGUUUCUCCUGAUACGCCAUGGUGACAGUACAACUCCACGACACUUGAAGAAGGAAGACUGUGUUAACUACUGCCACAGCGCAGACCAGUGUCCCGAGGAAUGUACUGACUGUGUCAGCGGCUUCUAUGGGUCUGACUGUAGAUGGAGCUGCCGAGGAAACUGUUUGAAUGGACGGUGUGCCCUACUGGCCAAUGGUCAAGCCGUCAACUGUACGGAGGGGUGUGUGUUGGGGUGGAGGGGGUUAACAUGUAGUACUUCAUGUAAGCGUCCGUGUCUGGAGUGUGACAGAUACACGGGAGAUUGUGUGGGACAAUGCAGGGAUGGUUUCUGUGGACCUGAGUGUUUACAGCGAUGUCCAUAUCCGUUUUCAACGUGUGUAAAAAGUUGUGUAACGCCGAGGAAACUGAAAAUGACUGAUGCAAUUGGGGAGACACAUGGUAGUAACAAAGAAGGUUUGAACGCGAAUCCUUGCACGGAGGAAUUUGGCAACAAUUGCAUUAAAUGCAAUCAAUGCUUUGAAUGCCUGGAGGGGUAUUAUGGAAGCACGUGUAAUCAGAAGUGCAUUGGAAACUGCCAGUUUGACUGUGAUAUCCAAACGGGUCUCUGCAGAACAUGUAAAGAUGGCUUCUACGGUGACAACUGUUCAGUUCCGUGUUCGACGACAUGUUUAGGGGAAGCUUGUGAAAGAUCAACUGGGGCUUGUAAUGAUGGCUGCAGAGAGGGAUAUUGUUCUGCUAACACUGGAUGUGACAAACCUUGCAAUGCCAUUUGUCCAAACAAUUGUCACUUUGAAACAUGCUCGUGCUUACCGUCAUCUUCACCCGAGACUACGUCCGCAACAGCCAGUUCCCCUAAGCAAGGUGGCAUAGUGGCAGCUUACUGGAUCGGCUCCUUUCUAAACACGAUGUACCUCGCCAUCUUCAUCAUCUUCAUCGUAUACGGCUACGAAAAGAAAUGGUGGACUUCACUAAACUGUUUCUGUCAGAAAAAGCCAGGGAGCGAAUCAAGUGAACCAGAUCAAGCAGUAGAUCCCUUGUCCGGCAAGACAUCGCAUCAGACUCCCGGGGACAGUAUGACAGAAGACGAGGCGAACACAGUUUCAAGAACCUCAAAGAAAAGCUGUUGCAACCCUGUGCAAUCCAUAGGACGAAAAGCAAGAGGAUUAGCAUUAGCAUUAGUAUGUGGCUAUGUCUUGAUGAAUAUUAUUGUGUGUGUAAUACUUUAUUACAACAUGUAAGGCAAUUCAUAUGUAUCACUAUGUAUGCACUCUUGCAGUUUUGUAAAAUAAGAAUGAUUGAACCCCUCUCUUCAUCCCCACGAUAGGAUGUUAGUGAACAAUUUCGACUACAUAAGGAACGCGGGGCGCGGUGGGCGAGCUGGCUAAGGCGCCAGGCUAGUGAUCCAGCGAUGUUGAGGUGUCGGGAUCGAGCCCACC